AAAUUGUUCAAAGACUCAUGAGGUGCAUGCAUACGAAAUUUUGUGGCAAAAACGACUCAUGCACGACCUGUUACCCCGAUCUUGAACACAGGAGAAUCUGCGCUUCUUUUGUAAAUUCAGAAUGCCAGCCACAAAAGGUACAUGAUCGCUUCGCAAGAACUUUGUGUUCCAAGUGCAAAUUGAAUCAGAAAAUCACCUUCCGCUUGCCCCUUCGAGCGAGCUUCAAACUUUAAUCUUUCCUCACUUGGAGCUUGUAAUCCUUCAGGAAUCCGGAUUCAAGCUGAUGCAAGUCGUUUAGGACUCUAGCUCAUCAGAAGGCCAACAAGGUUCCAAAUGGAGCUCUCGGAAGAGGCACCACAGGGGAUCGUUGACAUGAACUUUCCUCUUUCUCCGCUUGAUGCUACAUAAACCCUUAACACGUUGAUUUUGCAUCGUGUUAUCUUGCACCAUCGCACUUCAUUCUUCGCUAACAUGUCGUUCCAAUACGCCUUCCUCGAUCCGUUCGCGUAUUUCGACACGCCGCGAGGCAAUCUUGCUCCGCAUCCUCUCCCUGGAUCUCAUCCGGGGCCUACAGGUAAUCCCAAAGAGGGCCUAGACGCCAAUCCCUUUUCCUCUAUCAACUUUUUCAACACGCCUCUUCAACUAGGCUAUGAGGAAUCAGCUCGCUUGGAUUCAUCGGAUUCUAAGGCCACGGAAGUGAAUUCCUUCUCUCAUGCAUUGGUCAUGUAUCAACGAGAUGCGCCUGUGUAUGCGCUCGAUCUAGAAGGACAGGGUACUAUCUCGGUAUCUGCAUCCGCUGCCGCGGAGCUCUGCAUUUGCAUCAGCUCUGCGGAUCGCUCACAUCCGUCGCUGUACCUCGAUAUCACCCCAACGUCUUGCACUUUUUCAUACGGGUACUACACCUCUGCUACCACGAUUCCCGCGCGCCCGCCGCCCGACUCACCGUAUGUCGGUACUGGUGGAGGUGCAGGAAGCGGGCCGGGAAUGUAUCUGGAUGUGAACCGGCAAACCACGUAUUGGAUGUCCAUUGACUGUCCGAACGGAAUCCUAAAGUACGGGAAGGGAUACCUGAGCUCGAAUCUCACGCUAUUAGAAGCUCGACUUAAGAAAAUGGACGACCAUGGCCGUAUGGUUUGGCCCGAAACAUGGACCUUCCUCGAGAAACUCACAGAAGUUAGAGUUCUUCAAACGGGAGGUGAUUUGCGCGCACUCUCUGUGGCAACACAAACUCUCCCACUAGUAGAUGCUCCGUCACCAUACGUUAUCCCAGAUUAUCGAAUCUCGAUGAACGACCUCGAAUCAAACAACUUUACCGUUGUUGCCAAUCUACCCGUGGAGUGUCAGAAACUCUACUCCAACGUCGCUGGCCCCAACAUCGUCCUCAACACGCCCGACUUUCCUGCGUUUGGGCGUGCGAUUGAGCGGAGCGUGAGCACCGAGGGGUGUUUAGGGUAUAGUCUCCUCAUGCGGAAGGCAGGGGAGUUUGGCGGGAAGAAAGGUACCAAGGUUCAUGGGGGUGGUAAGGAUGAGAAACCGGAUUUGACACAGACGUAUUUGAGGAUCACGUUGGGUUCACAUAUGGUCAACUCCCCCGGAAUCCCAUAUGUAUUGGAAAUCUGGCCCGCGGGUCAUUAUAGUCCUGUACACGAACAUGCGGACUCGUUUGCGAUUAUCAAGGUCCUCUACGGAACCAUCCACGCCUUCUUCUACGACUCCCUCGUCAACCCCGGUGGACCACGGAUGAUCAUGGACAAAGUCGAGCUGAAGACGGGUGAUAUCACGUGGAUAUCGCCCCAGCAUUAUCAGGUGCAUCAGUUGAAGAACCUGAGCAAGAGGAAGGAAGAAGGAGGAGAGGGGACGGUGUGCUGCACGUUGCAGUGUUAUCAGUAUGCGUAUAACGAUACGAUACAUUACGAGAACUUUCGGUAUAUCCCCAACUCCAACUCCUCCGUAAACUCACCCUCGUCUACCUCUACUACGUCUUCAUCACCUAAUGACUCCGGCUACGACUCCUCCUCCUCCUCCUCCGAUCCAGACAUGAUGGAUUUCCAGCCAAACAGCGAUAUGUCGUUCGGGGUGUUCAAAGCCGCUAUUCGGCGGGAAUGGGAGGAAUAUAUGGGGACGGAUCUUGGGCGGAAGGAGGAGAGGGAGUUUAGGGCGAGGGAGAAGGCGAGGGGUGUUGAGAUGGGGAGGACGUUGGGUGGAGUGGCUGCAGCGAUUAGUAAGGGAGGAGAAGGAGAAGGACGAGGGGGUGUAAGUGAGGUUGCGAGGAAAGCGGCGGAGAUGGCGGAGGUGUUGGCUGGGCGGGAGAGAAUGGUGGGGAUGGGGAUGGAUGGGGGGUCGAUGGAGGCUAGGGCGGAGGCGGGGAUGAUGGAAGUCGGGGAGUGAGUGUGAGUUGUAUGAGGAGGGGUUAGACGAUUCUGACUGGUUGGUGUUCGUGGUGAUUGGUGGUGUCGGGGUCUGGCUUCCUCGGGAAAGGGAUUCGAGUUGUUAGAAGUAAAGUUAUGUGGUAUUGUGAACUUGAAAGAGAAUGUACUAUAAUACUUCGUAAAUCAAAAACUUCAGCCAGCUAUAAUUGUAACACAUGUGUGUAUACGAAAUAUUCAAGAGAAUGCGUUGAUGACUUUAGUAUACUAUUUGUUGUAAGUACUAAUGACUUGGAAG